GGUCCCCGGUGUCCCGGGGCCGGGCGCUGCCCGCUGUCCCCUCAGGUGUCCCCGCUGUCCCCAGGUGUGGCCCGGACAGGGGGGGCGGCCGGGCCCCCCCCGGCGAGACCCCCCCCAGGCCCCGCCAGCGCUGACAGGCCGCCAUGGCGGAGGCCGGGGGGGGUUUCGGGCUGGCGCUGCCGGAGCUGCGGGCGCUGAUGGAGCUGCGCGGCCCCGAGGCGCUGCUGAGGCUGCAGCGCGACCUGGGGGGGGUCCCGGGGCUCUGCCGCCGCCUGCGCACCUCCCCCACCGACGGGCUGUCCGAGGCCCCCCCCGAGCUGGAGCGCCGCCGCCGGGCGUUCGGCCGGAACUGGAUCCCCCCGCGGCGCCCCAAGAGCUUCGCGGCGCUGGUGUGGGAGGCGCUGCAGGACGUCACCCUCGUCAUCCUCGAGGUGGCCGCGCUCGUGUCCCUCGGGCUGUCCUUCUACGCCCCCCCCGGCGCCGCCGAUGAAGCGUGCGGGCAGGCGGCGGGCGGCGCGGAGGACGCGGGCGAGGCGGAGGCGGGCUGGAUCGAGGGCGCGGCCAUCCUGCUCUCGGUGGCCUGCGUGGUGCUGGUGACGGCGUCCAACGACUGGAGCAAGGAGCGGCAGUUCCGCGGGCUGCAGAGCCGCCUGGAGCGCGAGCAGCGCGUGGCCGUGCUGCGCGGGGGCCGCCUGGCGCAGCUGCCCGUGGCCGACCUGGUGGUGGGCGACGUGGUGCAGGUCAAGUACGGUGACCUCCUGCCGGCCGACGGGGUCCUGAUCCAGGGCAACGACCUCAAGAUCGACGAGAGCGCCCUGACCGGGGAGAGCGACCACGUGCGCAAGUCCCCGGAGCAGGACCCGCUGCUGCUCUCGGGUGAGGGGCGCCGGGGUGGAAACCCCCGGCCACUUGGCUUUGAAAUUUUAAAUGUUGGACACAAGGUGAGGACAUGGAAAAUGAUGAAGGACAACAACCUGGUGCGGCACCUGGACGCCUGCGAGACCAUGGGCAACGCCACGGCCAUCUGCUCGGACAAGACGGGCACGCUGACCACCAACCGCAUGACGGUGGUGCAGGCCUUCGUGGGGGGGUCCCACUUCAGCGCCCCCCCGGCGGCCGCCGCGCUGCCGCCCCCCACGCUGGAGCUGCUGGCCCAGGCCAUCGCCAUCAACAGCGCCUACACCAGCAAGAUCCUGCCCCCCGAGGCCCCCGGGGCGCUGCCCCGCCACGUGGGCAACAAGACGGAGUGUGCCCUGCUGGGGCUGGCGCUGGCGCUGGGCCGCGACCCCGAGGCCGAGCGGGCGCAGGUGCCCGAGGAGCACCUGGUCAAGGUGUUCACCUUCAACUCGGAGCGCAAAUCCAUGAGCACGGUGACGCGCCGGCCGGGCGGGGGGUACCGGCUGCUCUGCAAGGGCGCCUCCGAGAUGGUGCUGCGCAGGUGCAGCUCGAUGCUGGACGCGGGGGGCUGCCCGCGGGCGCUGGGGGGCCCGGAGCGGGAGGAGCUGCUGCGGCGCGUGGUGGAGCCGAUGGCGGCGGGGGGGCUGCGGACCCUCGCCCUCGCCUUCCGCGAUUUCCCCGCCCGGCCCGAGCCCCCCUGGGACGACGAGGCCGCCGUGGUCGGGGAGCUCACCUGCAUCGCCAUCGUGGGCAUCGAGGACCCCGUGCGGCCCGAGGUGCCCGAGGCCAUCCGGAAGUGCCAGCGCGCGGGGAUCACGGUGCGGAUGGUGACCGGCGACAACCUGGACACGGCGCGCGCCAUCGCCGCCAAGUGCGGGAUCCUCCCCGCGGGCGGCGGCGGCGACUGGCUGUGCCUGGAGGGGAAGGACUUCAACCGGCGCAUCCGCAACGACCGCGGCGAGGUGGAGCAGGAGCGCCUGGACAAGGUGUGGCCCAAGCUGAGGGUCCUGGCGCGGUCGUCGCCCACCGACAAACACACCCUGGUGAAAGGGAUCAUCGACAGCACCAUCGGGGACCAGCGCCAGGUCGUGGCUGUCACCGGCGAUGGCACCAACGACGGCCCCGCCCUCAAGAAGGCCGACGUGGGGUUCGCCAUGGGCAUCGCGGGCACGGACGUGGCCAAGGAGGCCUCGGACAUCAUCCUGACGGACGACAACUUCUCGAGCAUCGUCAAGGCCGUCAUGUGGGGCCGCAACGUCUACGACAGCAUCGCCAAGUUCCUGCAGUUCCAGCUCACCGUCAACGUGGUGGCCGUCAUCGUGGCCUUCACCGGGGCCUGCAUCACCCAGGACUCUCCGCUGAAGGCGGUGCAGAUGCUCUGGGUGAACCUGAUCAUGGACACGCUGGCGUCGCUGGCGCUGGCCACGGAGCCGCCCACGGAGGCGCUGCUGCUGCGCCGGCCCUACGGGCGCGACCACCCGCUGGUGUCGGGCACCAUGCUGCGCAACAUCCUGGGCCACGCCGCCUACCAGCUGCUGGUCAUCUUCACCCUGCUCUUCGCCGGUCAGUGACACGGACAGGGG